UUCAUCACGGAGUUUCUCUCGGUUUGUGGGCUCAUCUAAAGGACCAACGUGGAUCAAGAAGUCAACACUCUCAGGAGGCCGACAAAUUCAUUGAAGAAAGAAGUGGAAGAAAAAAAUACAGCUGUGACGAGUUUGGGAAGAUUUUACUGUGAAAGCUUCCCUAAAAAUGCAUCAGGUCAUCCACACCGGAGAGAAACCAUUCAGCUGUGACGAGUGUGGAAAGUCUUUUACGCAGUCUGGACACUUAAAAACACACAAACUCAUCCACACUGGAGAGAGACCAUUCAGCUGUGACGAGUGUGGAAAGUCUUUUACCCACUCUGGAAACUUAAAAACACACCAACUCAUCCACAGUGGAGAGAGACUGUUCAGCUGUGACAAGUGUGGAAAGUCUUUCACACAGUCUGGACACUUAAAAACACACAAACUCAUCCACACUGGAGAGAGACCAUUCAGCUGUGACGAGUGUGGAAAGUCUUUUACCCACUCUGGAAACUUAAAAAUACACCAACUCAUCCACAGUGGAGAGAGACUGUUCAGCUGUGACAAGUGUGGAAAGUCUUUCACGCAGUCUGGACACUUAAAAACACACAAACUCAUCCACACUGGAGAGAGACUGUUCAGCUGUGACGAGUGUGGAAAGUCUUUUACCCACUCUGGAAGCUUAAAAAAACACCAACUCAUCCACAUUGGAGAGAGACCAUUCAGCUGUGACGAGUGUGGAAAGUCUUUUACCCACUCUGGAAACUUAAAAACACACCAACUCAUCCACAGUGGAGAGAGACCAUUUAGCUGUGACGAGUGUGGAAAGUCUUUCACGCAGUCUGGAAGCUUAAAAAAACACCAACUCAUCCACAUUGGAGAGAGACCAUUCAGCUGUGACGAGUGUGGAAAGUCUUUUACCCACUCUGGAAACUUAAAAACACACCAACUCAUCCACAGUGGAGAGAGACCAUUUAGCUGUGACGAGUGUGGAAAGUCUUUCACGCAGUCUGGAAGCUUAAAAAAACACCAACUCAUCCACAGUGGAGAGAGACCAUUCAGCUGUGACGAGUGUGGAAAGUCUUUCACGCAGUCUGGAAGCUUAAAAUCACAUCAACUCAUCCACAGUGGAGUUAAAGCGUACACCUGUGAUCAGUGUGGCAGAGCUUUUACUUACAGUAAGAGCUUACAGAAUCAUCUAGUUACCCACUCUGGAAUUAAGGCAUACAGCUGUGACAUUUGUGGAAAAACUUUCAGUCACAUACAGAACCGAAAUGCACACCUACUCAUUCACACCGGACAUGAUGUGUACUGCUGUGAUCAGUGUGGUAAACAGUUUGCUACAAACACAAAGUUACGAUAUCACAUGUUUACCCACACUGAGGAACGACCUUAUAAAUGUGACCUGUGUGAGAAGACUUUUAAAUCUCCACAUUACCUGAAAGUCUGCAUGUUGGCUAAAAUCCUUCCCACACUCAUCACAGCUGUACGGUUUAACGCCACUGUGGAUGCCUUCUGA